ACAGUUAUCUUCAGGCAUGGUGAACCCAUGAAACAUAAAACCAAUUCCUCGUUUUGCACCAAGGGAUUGUGGGUAUUGGGGUUGAACGCUGUCACGUUUUUACAUCCAGCAUGGCAGGCAAACAGAAGAGGAAGUUGGAAGACCUCAGCGUGGAUGAAUUCCUGGUGUCGGGGUUUGACUCUGCGGGCGAAUCUGAAGAAGACACCCCCAAACAGAAUGGACUCACUAAGAAGACUAAAGAGCAGAAAUCUGAUCCAUCCACGAGUGAAGACGCGAAGAAAGGCAAGGCCAAUGAGCAUAAGCAACAGCUGUCCCGGUUAAAGAACAAAGAUCCUGAGUUCUAUAAGUUCCUGCAAGAGAAUGACCAAACGCUGCUGAACUUUGACGACACAGACAGCUCUGAGGAUGAAGAUGAAAAAAAGUACCACAGAUUGCCAUCAGCAUUGGAGGAGGCCAGCUCUGGUGAAGAAGACUUGGAUGAUGAUGGUCAAGAAGCCACCAAGACAUCCAAGAAGGCAGUGGAGACGAUUAAAGUCACAGACAAAAUGAUUCAGGAGUGGAAAGCAGCCAUGAAAAAGCAACCUACACCCCGUCUCUUUAGGGAAGUCACUCAAGCCUUUAAGGCAGCUGUGGCCACAACCAAGGGUGAAGGAGGCGGCCAGUGUCGUUAUAAAGUGGCCGACAGUUCAGUGUUCAACGCCUUGGUCCUGUUCUGUAUCAGAGAUAUCCACAAGGCCCUGCAGAAGAUGCUCAACCUGAAGGCAGACAAAGACCAUAAAAAGCUUGUGCUCCCGUCGUCUAGUCCAAAGUGGCCAAGGAAUCAGAUCGACAUCAAGAUGUAUCUGGGUGGAGUCGUUCAGCUGUUAUCCUGUCUAACAGAGUCCACAGUCAUCAGCGCUGUCCUGCGUCACGCAAACCAGCUCGUUCCUUAUUACCUAUGUCUACCCAAACAGUGUCGUCACCUGGUGAAGCAACUGUUGAAACAGUGGAGCACAGGAGAGGAGACGAGUCGUGUUCUUGCUUUUUUGGCCCUCAACAAAAUCUGCAGGCACAAGCAGGAUACUUAUCUUAGCCCUAUUCUCAAGCAAAUGUACAUUUCAUAUGUACAGAACUGUAAGUUCACAUCCCCCAAUGCGCUGCCAAUGAUCAACUUCAUGCAGCGAACUCUUACAGAGAUGUACUCCCUGGACACACAAGCAACAUACCAGCAUGCUUUCAUCUACAUCCGACAGCUCGCCAUUCACCUCAGAAACGCCAUGACCAUGAAGAAGAAGGAAACUUACCAGUCAGUGUAUAACUGGCAAUACAUCCACUGUCUGUACCUGUGGUGUCGGGUCCUCAGCACCUUAUACCCCAGCGACGUACUCGAGCCGCUCAUCUAUCCACUCUGCCAGGUCAUCAUUGGCACCAUCAAACUGGUACCCACAUGCAAAUAUUACCCUCUAAGGAUGCAUUGUUGCAGAGCCCUCACCCUGCUGUCCAGCAGCACCAACACAUUUGUCCCUGUUGUGCCUUUCCUCCUGGAGAUCUUUCAACAGGUGGAUUUCAACAAGAAACCGGGGCGAAUGAGUAAGAAACCAAUCAACUUUGCAGUCAUCCUGAAGCUGGGCAAGGUCAACCUAAUGGAGAAAGCCUACAAGGAUGGGUUGAUUGACCAGCUGUAUGACCUGAUACUGGAAUACUUCCACACUCAGGCUAACUCUAUUGGCUUCCCAGAGCUUGCCCUGCCCACCAUCAUGCAGCUGAAAGCGUUCCUGAAGGAAUGCAAAGUGGCCAAUUACUGCAAGCCGGUGCGCCAGCUGCUGGAGAAGGUACAGGAGAACAGCAGCUACAUCACAGGACAGAGACAGAAGGCCGCCUUCGGAGUCGCCGAUGCCACUGCUGUGGCGGCCUGGGAGAAGCAGACACAGGUGGAGGGCACUCCCCUCAGCAGGUACUACAGCCAGUGGAAGAAGCUGAGGGAGAAGGAGAUCCAGCUGGAGAUCUCAGGAAAAGAGAGGAUGGAGGAUCUGGACCUCCCAGAGAUCAAACGCAGGAAGAUUCAGGACAAGAAGGUCGAGGACAAGAAGGAGUUCAAGGAUCUGUUUGAGUCUGACAGUGAAUCAGAUGAAGAUGGUGGAGGAUUCAAAUUCAGAGGUAAAAAGGGCGCCCGCAAGUCUGAUGACGAUGAAGAUGAUGAUCUUGAGGAUAUGUUGGACAUGAGCGAUGAUGAGGGGAUAUCAGGGGGAGACUCAGAUGAUGAUGAUGAUGAUGAUGAAAAGGCCUCCAAAGCCCCACAGCCGCUAUCCUCCUCUGCUCUGAUGAAGAUGGCGGAGGGAGGCGAGGAUGUGGUGGAGGACCUGGAGCUGUCUGAUGAUGACUGAGAUUUCCCGGAUGCACACACUCUAGAGCUCCCCUGACAGACUCUGAUGCUCUCCUAUCUUAACCGUCUUUACCACCAAAUAAUCCCAGACUUAGUCUUCUUUUCUUAACUUUUGAAUGUUGUAUUGCUUAACCUGUACAGUUCAAACAUGUUCAUGAUUUAGUUUUUUGAAGCAUUGAAUUGUAUAAAAUGAGUUUAAGAGUCCA